GAAGAAGAAGAAGAAGAAGAAGAAAGAGGGGGUUUUAAAGAAAAGUUUAUCAUGAUGAAGUUGCUGUACUUGUGUGUGUUGGAUGUCAAGCCUUGAUACUCUCGCUCAUCUCUCGGUGGUCUUAAACUGAUCUUCUUAUGAAACAUGUCUUUAACAGCGACAUGCAGCAGGUCAGUUAUGUUUAUCAGACGAAAUACGUUUUAUCUGAGAAGGACCGGCCUGCCCUUUUCAACUAACGUUAGUCCGGCUGAUAAAGCGAGAGCGGGGUCCCACAAACGAUGGACAAGACGUCAGAGGAAAUCAGCCUGGACUGACGGCCUCUCCUGGGAGGAGAGGCUGGCUGAUGCGGUCACCCCUCUCUGGAGGCUGAGCUAUGAGGAGCAGCUGGAGCUGAAACAAAACAAUCAGCAGAAAAUCCUGUCUGAACUCUCAGGGUCCCUUUCAGCUGAUCUCAGGUCAGAUUUCACAGCACCUGCCACAGCUAAACCAAAUUUCCCUGUCCUGUCUGUGCUACCUUCCCCAGUCAGGGAUGGCUAUCGCAACAAAUCCACAUUUUCUGUCAACAGAGGAGUGGACGGGAAUCCAAAAACAGUUGGAUUGUACGUGGGUACGGGCAGGCAGGGGAACAUUGUCUGUGUGAACGCAGAUCACCUGCUCAACAUGCCGGAGAAGCACAAACUGGUAGCCAGAUGUUACCAGGACUUCAUCCGCCUCUCCUCUCUGGACCCCUGCUUGCUAUUUCACACUGGGGGCCACUGGAGAGAGAUCACGGUGAGGACCAAUGCGCAAGGACACACCAUGGCUAUAGUGUACUUCCACCCACAGAAGCUGACCGCAGAGGAGGUGGCUGUCCAUAAAGAGGAGCUGGUGGAGUAUUUCACACGGGGUCCUGGAUCAGCCUGUCAGCUAGACUCCCUGUUCUUCCAGGAGAGCACCAUGACUCGCUGCACACAUGAGGAAUCCCCCUACCAGCUUCUGCAUGGUCAGCCACACAUAUAUGAGGAGGUGCUGGGCUUCAAGUUCCGCAUUUCUGCUGAUGCCUUUUUCCAGGUGAACCAGGCAGCUGCUCAGGUGCUGUAUAACACUGUCAGAGACCUGUGUGUCCCAGUCACCGAGGAAGGAGCGUCACAAUCGAAAACUAGAGGUACUCUGCUAGAUGUGUGCUGCGGCACAGGCGCCAUUGGCAUCAUCGCAUCUCCCAGAGUAGACAGGGUUAUCGGUAUUGAGCUCGUAGAGCAGGCAGUGAGAGACGCCACGCACAACGCAGCUCUCAAUAAUGUAGAAAACUGUGAGUUUCUCCCCGGUAAGGCAGAGGUGGUACUUCCUGCUCUUAUGACUCAGUUGAGCUUCGGAGCUGGAGUCCUUACAGCUGUGGUGAACCCGUCUCGAGCCGGCCUCCACCCCAGAGUGGUCAGAGCAUUGAGAAAGCAAGCCGCCAUCCACAGACUGGUCUACGUUUCCUGUAAACCGGACGGAGAGGCUAUGAGGAACUUCAGGGAGCUUUGUUGUGCUCCUGACCAAGAAAAGAAGCUCGCAGGACAGGCUUUUUCUCCCACUCUGGCUGUGCCUGUGGACAUGUUCCCACAUACUCCUCAUUGUGAACUGCUGCUUCUGUUUGAGAGGUAGCACGUGCAUUUUUUGCUUGCACUACCUGUCUUAACCAGCCUGAAUGGAGCUAAUUAAAACUGUACUGACUUUUAGAUGAUGACAGAUGAACUUGUAGUCACAGACAGGUUUCUUUUUUUGUGUUUCUUUGUACGUUUUCAGAAAUCUGGUGAUAUAAAGAUGCUUUGAAUUGUUUAUUUUUGAAAUAAAAACAUCAUUGUGUUUGCUCA